AGCAGAAGGUUAGUUUUAAAGCCGCAAACAUAGCUAAAGGUCAGCUUCGGUCCAGAUGAACGCAGCCAAAAGUGGCAGUGGUAAAGUCUUAAGGAAAAAAUGGCUUGUUUUCAAUCCGAUGAGGCCAAGGAACAAAAAAGAAUCAACGCCGAAAUAGAAAAACAGUUAAAAAGGGAUAAGAGAGAUGCUAGGAGGGAGUUGAAACUACUUUUGCUAGGUACUGGUGAGUCCGGUAAGUCAACCUUUAUCAAACAGAUGCGAAUCAUUCACGGUGCUGGUUAUUCUGACGAAGACAAACGUGGAUUCGUGAAGUUAGUCUUUCAAAACAUUUUUAUGGCGAUGCAAAGUAUGCUGAGGGCCAUGGAGUUGUUGCAAAUAUCGUUCGGAGAUAAAGCAAGUGAAGACAAGGCAGAGCUAAUAAAAGGUGUAGAUUAUGAGACAGUCACUAGCUUCGAAAAUCCUUAUGGUGACGCGAUUGCUGACUUAUGGAGCGACUCGGGAGUUCAAGAAUGUUAUGAUAGGCGAAGAGAAUAUCAACUUACGGAUUCGGCAAAAUACUAUCUAUCCGAUUUACCAAGAAUAAGAGAUCCAGAUUACCUUCCCACAGAACAGGAUAUUCUGAGAGCUAGGGCACCAACUACUGGUAUACUAGAAUAUCCUUUUGAUUUGGAUAGUAUUAUAUUUAGGAUGGUAGACGUAGGCGGGCAGAGAUCAGAAAGAAGAAAAUGGAUUCAUUGCUUUGAAAAUGUUACUUCCAUUAUCUUUUUAGUAGCCCUUAGUGAAUAUGACCAAAUUUUAUUUGAGUCUGAAAACGAGAACCGGAUGGAGGAAUCAAAAGCCUUAUUUAAAACCAUCAUUUGUUAUCCAUGGUUUCAAAACUCGUCGAUUAUUUUGUUUUUGAAUAAGAAAGAUUUAUUGGAAGAGAAAAUUAUGACUUCACAUUUAGUUGACUAUUUUCCAGAUUUUGAUGGUCCAAAACAAGAUCACAUUUCCGCAAGAGAAUUUAUCUUAAAAGGAUAUCUAAAAGAAAAUCCAGAUCCGGAACGACAAUGUUAUUCUCAUUUUACUACAGCUACAGAUACUGAAAAUAUCAAGCUUGUAUUUUGUGCAGUGAAAGACACUAUUAUGCAGUCUGCUUUAAAGGAGUUCAACUUGGCCUAGUACGCAUUUUUAUCACAAAGACAUGGUAUCUUCGUAGGUCAUACCACAUUUGCUAAUUGAAAAUAUCUAAAAAUUAACAGCAGUUUAUGUUUCAGUUUUUUCAUAGAAAUUACGAUUGUAUAAAAUUUAAUAUAAUAUAGUUAGUUGAUACUG